UUGUCAACUAGUAGCUUUAAGAAUGGACGUAACAUCGGACACGGAUAACCUGGAAAUGCGUCUUCAGACGCUGGAGAGUCAAAUAUACGGAGAGAGACGAAACAAAAGUGGAAAGAAACCCGUUAAGUGUGCUGAGUCUCUGGCCAGGAUCCAGGCUGGUUUGACUAAUACGGCCAACAAGAGGGAACGAGUGAAGAUCCUGCACAAGAAGAUUGAGGACCUGCUGAAGUACCUGGACCCCCAGUUCACCGACCACAUCACUGUACCAGAUGCAAUGAAGCUGGAGUUCAUUCUCGCUGAGGAGGACUUCCUGCUUUCCCAGGCUGUUUUGCUGGAGCAGGUCAGCAACAUGCAGCCGCUGCUGGACAGCAACUACAUCAGAGAUGUACCAGAACACGCCACCAAGCUCCAGCGCCUGUCACAGAUCCACAUCAAAGAACAGGACCAAACUGAAGCUCAGUCCCUGGAGGUGAAGAAGCUUUUUGAGGAAUACAACAAAAUGAUGUUCCUGCUGUCUAAGCAGUUCACCCAGUGGGACGAGACCCUGAGGAAGCUGGAGGAGACCAAGGGCAUCCGGCCUGUGGAGUAGCUACCGUCCACACACAUAUACACACACACACACACACAUUUCUCACGAGGAUGGUGAUGAUGAAGAGGACUGCACUGUGGUCGGAGCAGCUUGGUUUUUCCUUAUAAGUCAGAACGAAAGUGAGGGAAAAAGGAUCACAUUUCACUUAUUUGAUAAUUAUCAAUUUGUUACCAGAAUUUAAAUGAAUCAGGAUGUUGUUGGUUUUAGAAUUCUCAGACUAAUCAUCUCACUUAGAAACAAAUGAAAAACCUGAUCAGGACCGGAGGAAGUCGCUCCCAUCACAUCAACUCACGCUGCUGCUAUUCAUUUUCAGACAAUGGAGCUUUUUGUGCGUGUGUAGUGACUCAGCUUACAACACAUUCCAACGCUGCCUCCCUGCUGCAAGCCAGUCACAAGACUAGCCGUCACACACACACACACACACACACACACACACACACACACACACAUCUACUUCAAGGCUUUCUUCUCUGGACGCCUCCUGACGUUGUAAUGACUUAAAUUAGCUCAUUAUUCUUUCCAUUGUUCUGGUUUUAAAAUGUUCUAUAUGUCAAACAUGACUGCGGUUAUUACAAUAAAUAUCACUACUGUUUUUCUUUGA